UUUCGGGGAAAUUCAGAAAUCUAUGAAGGAAAUACAGCUUUUAGGGCACUUUGAGGGGUUUACUGAUCUGGCGGUGUUUCACUUGCUGAGAUUUUAGUAGAGGGAUAUGUGGUUAAUGAUUUGUGUAGAGGAUUUAGUUGACAUGGGUCGACAAGUUUAGUGCAAGGAUUAGUGAAGUACUUUCUCUCUAUUGCUGAGAUUAUGAGGAGCAUGGAUAUACUUAAAAUUUCAUUAUCACAAGAAGCUGGAUUUCAUCCUAGAAGUAUAUUCGACUAUAUCAGUAAUCCUGAGUAUAUGAAUGAAAGGUAUAUUGAUCCAAAUUCUCUUCUGCAAUUCCUGAGGAAAAAUGAUUUUAUCAAAAACAAUAUUGAACAAUGUAUUGAAUUUGUCAAGAUACACAGUGAUUCAAGAUGUUCUUCUCUUCUGUAUUGCGAUUUUGUCAAGUUCAUAUCUCCAAGAUUAGACGGCUUAUUCUUAGAGAGUGUGAUUGAUGCGGGGAGUCAGGGGAAAAUCCCAACAGAUAAAAUUCAGUUUCUUACUGCCUCUCUUGUAAGCAGGGAGCUUGAAUUUUCCUCUGAAAUUGAGAAACACAAACUAAAGCUUUAUUACAAAUAAGUAUUUCAAUAUAAAGAAGGCCUUUGAGCAUCUGGAUCCCAGGAACUGUGGAUUUGUAGAUCUUGUGUCUUUGAAGAGAUUUAUGAGAAAAUAAUGGCUACAACCUUACAGAUGAAGAAAUUUCUUAUAUAAUAGAGACCAUCUGAGGAACCCAUGAAUGUAAUGUAGUCAUGAACUACCUAGCCUUUGUUGACCACUUUCAAAAGAAUAUUCCAACAGAUAAGUUGAAGAAUGAAGAUCAUAAAACUAGUCAAAAAUCAAAGAGUCCUUCUUUAAGAAGAAAGAUUUUAUCUCCCUUUAGCCACAAGGGAGUUGGGAGAUCAAAAUAUGAGUUAUCAGAUCUAAACACCAGUCAGUUCUCUUUUAAUGAGAAGACGCCUCAAGCAAAGGUGUUUUAUCCUUCGCCAAAAGUGAGAGAUCACCAAAGUUCGGUGAUAACUUCUUACAAUUUGAAUUCUGACCUCGAGGAGGAUUUCAACAGGUGUCAGAAUAUAGAUUUUCAUAGAAGUGAAGGCUCACCUAUGUUCACGAAUAAGUUAAAAGACCCAAUGCGUAGUAGGAACCUGGAAACUAUGGAUACUCUGAAUCAUCAUCUUUCGACUAAAUCGAGGCGGCUAGACUUCUCUCAAAAGACUUGUCAGGACUUGAAGCCAUGUCUUAAGAAGAAAAAGGCUGCUAAAUUACUAGAAAUACCCUCUUAUAGGGAUAAUAAAUGCAGUUAUUUGAGGAAAACAGCAAGGGAGCCGAUAGUAUCUCCCUUGAAUGUUUCCGAAGUAGAGUCUGAAUAUCCUUGUUCUCCUUCAGCAGCCUCUUCGCUAGAUCCCUGCUUUAAAGAAUACAUUAAUUUCUUAAGGAAGGUCUUGAAAAUGGAGAAGAGAGUCGAAAAAUGAAAGAUUGAUCUAGCAAUGAAACCAGAUUAUACAAAUGAAGCUGGAUUCGCUCUUUUUGAGUUCGAAAAUGGUGGAUUUGUGUACCAUAAUGACAUCACUCAAGUCGCCAAAGAGCUAGGGAUUAGUUUUGAACCUGAAGCUGUUGAAAUAUUCGUUUAUAGACAUGACAAAGAUAAGGAUGGAAGGCUGAACUUUUAUGAAUUCUGUGAUGCCUUUAGCCCUUUUAGACAGGAAUAUGCAAUCCUGCUUUCUGAAAGAACUCCUUUGAAUCUUGAAAAGAUCCGUAAGAAAGGAAUAAAAGCUUUCAAUCAGGAAACAAGGUACAAUCUCCUCGAGCUGUUAGAACUUCAAUUCAAAGUAGAACUAGAAAUCGAUACACUUAAGAAAAACUCAAACCUUAACCAAGACAAAAGUCCUCUCACAAUUUUCAGACAUUUCGAUUCAAGUGGCAGAGGGAGAAUCUCCAAGAAAAAUCUCCGUAUGGGUUUUCAGAAGGCCGGGUACUGACUGACCACCCAAGAAGCAUGCCUCCUAUUCAACAUUUUGAAAUAA